AUGUACCUCACGGACAUCGCCAGUCUCGAUUGCGACCACCCGCUUCGUUGCAGGAUGGUACCAUCACCACCAAUACCAAAGCAGUCACCGUCACCACUGCUAGCACUGCAAGUACGUUUCCUAGAUUCAACACCAACAUCCACCGAACAAACGAUUGCAAGAGGAGUUGGAUGCUCAAAGCAAGCGCUCGGCACAAGUGAUGGAGUGUUACCGAAUGGUACUGCCACCGGCAUUCCACAACGAGAUGCUAGCGUCAGUUCCGAUUCAACGCCAACAUCCACCGAACAAACGAUCGGAAGAGGAGUGGGAUGCUCAAAGCAAGCGCUCGGCACAAGUGAUGGUGUGUUACCGAAUGGUACUGCCACCGGCAUUCCACAACGAGAUGCUAGCGUCAGUUCCGGUUUAGCCGAUAGUGAGAGCUCGCCACUGAGUCCAUCGGCACCGAAACCAUCAGUUCCACUGCGCCGGAGCAUCAGCGAUCGGAAACCGGAGAUGAACAAGAACAGAUCUCGCGUAGCACCGAUCGAGAUUAACACAUACGAUUUGGAUGAUGGUGGUGGGGGAGGUGGUAAAGUUCGCUCUCCACCACCACCUUCACCACGUUCAAGUACCGAAAAACGUCGUUCCUCGGUGCUGCUCGCAACUGACCUAUUUGCAUUCAGUGCCGGGCGGGUCCCGGAACGGGCCGAAAGCUGCGAAGAAUUGGAUGCUGGUGACGACGAGCUGUAUUCGCAGAAGAAGCAGAAAGCGGGUGAGUACAUCAAUUUUUUCUUGAACUUUUUGUCGACAGUUUAG